CUCAUAGCUCAAGCUCGAGCUGACCUCGACGCUUUCUAAACGAGCAACACCCGAAGAGCUUUGCCAACUGCACCUCCCGACAGAAAAACCCAAAGAUGUCAGGUAUUCCCAUGCCGCUGCCUAUUCCGACACCGAUAACGCAACCGGCGAUGCUGGCAGCGGAGCUUCCAGGGAACCGGCCUCAGCAGGCGCAUCAUGUGGAGCACGACAACAUGCGGCCUGUGUACCUAGGAGACGUGGAGCGUGAGAUGGCCCCGCGCGAGAUUGACACGCCGCUGGAUCUGGAGCGACGCGCUGAGGAGUGUGCCCGCGAGGCCAACUACAAGCCAGCAGGCGAGCGGCUGGACCAGAAAGACCCGCACGCGCCGUUCGGGGCAACGGGCAAGGAUGCGGAAGGCAACCCCAUCGCCUCACCGGACGGCAAGGAGGCUGAUCCCCUGGCGCUGGCGGGUGUGGACGUGAAGAGCAAGCCGGCGGCGGACAAUGACUCGGGGCUGGGAGACGGCUCGCUGACGGACGCGCUGCGUGUGUUGUCGGAAGUACGGCGGGAAGGUGCGGGUGUGUAAGGAUGCUGGGCGCACACUGCUUCAGCCGACGUGAGGCCCACCUCAUGUGACGCGGUUGAGCUUACCAGAGCGCUGGCGUCAAAGAUGUGCCGCCAGCAGGUGCAACCGCCGCAGGGACGCGCUGCUGUUGUGGGACCGUCAUGCUGCAUCCACGCUGGAGGAGGAGUGUAACGUACGUACUAUGGGGCCAGUGUGCGUACAAAUGGUAGGACUCACCGAGGUCGCCCUGCACGCGUGCAGGCAGCUGCAGUGCAGUGUAAGACGGGGGACAACCGGGCAAGAGCAGCCGGUCGUAAUGGUUAGCGCUGACUGCUGUUGCUGCGCGGCACGGUAGGACGGUAAGAGGGAGUGCCACAAGGGGCAACCAAUUUGGGGGCAGAAGACUUGCGCUCGACAGUUGGAUGCAAGCAGGAAUGCAGGUUGACCAUUCCCUCUGUAGUA